AUGGAGAUGGACGCCUUCAUGUCGCUCAUCUACGCCAAUCUCCCGGAGCCGCCCGUCUCCACCGCCGCCCGCCUCACCGCGCUCCGCGGCGGCGCCGCCCCCUCCGACUGCGUCGACCGCCUCAGCAGCCUCCCCGACGACCUCCUCCGCGGCAUCGUCUCCCGCCUCCCGGCCAAGGACGCCGCCCGCACCGCCACCCUCGCCUCCCGCUGGCGCGGGGUCUGGCUCUCCACGCCGCUCGUCCUCGUCGACACCGACCUCUCCAGCGUCGCCGUCCCCGCCAGCUCGCGGCCGGACGCCGUCGCCGACGCCGUCUCCCGCGCCCUCGCCGCGCACCCGGGCCCCUUCCGCUGCGCCCACCUCGUUUCCACCCGCAUGGCCGCGCCCCAGCUCAAGCGCUGGCUCCGCCUCCUCGCCGCCAAGGGCGUCCAGGACCUCGUCCUCGUCAACCGCCCGUCGCUGUUUGACCAGAUGGUGCCCCUCCCCAAGACGCUAUUCGCCAUCUCCACCCUCACCCGCCUCUACAUCGGCGUCUGGAAGUUCCCCGACGUGGCGGCCGGCCUCUCUGGCACCGGCGCCUCUUUCCCCCACCUCCGCGAGCUCGGCAUCUGCAGUGUCGCCAUGGAGGACGGAGACAUCGAGGUCGUCGUCGCCAGGAGCCCAGUCCUGGUGAUCCUCAACAUCCAUGGGAGCAUGAGCGGGACGCGUCUCCGCCUCGUCAGCCACAGCCUCCGGUGCCUGCAGAUCUACGUUGCUGCCAUGGCGAGCAUCGACGUCGUGGAUGCCCCGCGUCUCGAGCGCUUCAUCAUGUCGGAAAGUCUCAACCCUGCAGUUGGAUCCUGCACCAGGGUCAAGAUUGGUGAUGCCCCCAAGCUGAGCUUGUUCGGGAUCCGAGACACCGUUAUCAUGGCUGGGAUUAAACCGAGUGCAAGCAUGAUGCUCACAAGCGUGAAGACCCUGAGUUUGAAGGUGCGUUUCGGAGUCCUCGAUGAUGUCAAGAUGUUGGCCUCCUUCCUCAGAUGCUUUCCCAAUGUUGAGGCGCUGCAUAUUAUGUCUGUAAAAUGUGAUCGAUCCACUGGCAAGCUCAACCUGGUCAGGUUCUGGGGAAAGGCCGGCCCCAUUGUAAGUGUGAUGUUGCGCAUCAAGGUGAUGACAUUUCGUGAGUACCGCGCAGAGCAAGAUGAGCUUGCCUUCCUCCAGUACAUCUUUCAGAGCACACGGGUGCUGAAGUUUACAUCGGUUUCCUUGGCCAAUUCAAUAUUCACUUCACUGUCUGUAAAGGAGAUGUCUUCUACCUUAGACUGGUCAUAGUGGGAGUAACAAAGGUGGUAACAUAAGUGCCAACUAAACAAAUUUGGUGAUGUGGCAUAUUAUUAAUGAGGAGAGAGGGGUUUGUGGUAACUAGAUAUGUUACUAUAACAUCACACAAAUCAAAACAAGAUGAGUCUAUAACCUAAUAAAUGAUACAAUGCAUGACACCACAUAUAUGUUACUACCCACUAUGAAGGUAGUAACUUACAGUAGUAACAAAAACAUGUUACUACUUUAUGUUAUCAUGCACUAUGACCAGCCUUAUACAAUAUGAGUGACAAAAAGUGGGUCAGUAAAUUCAGUUUCCUUAUCUGUGGGAGUAAUGGUCCGGAAGGAGGUAGCCCUUGGCCUUUUCAACGAGGAGCAGACUUCUCUAAUGACGACCCUUUUGCACCGGUUAAACUCAUCACAAGCGGUUAGUGUUGUUUUGCAGUAUCUACAUAUAAUGCACUGCUUAAGAUCAUUUGUAUGUGUUAUCUAAAAUGUUGGUUGGAUCUCUAUUUUCUACUAGCAUGAUUAGCUUGAAUUGAUAUAGUGCUACUGUACAAUAAUUUCUAGCAGCAUAUUUAAUUGCUUGUGGAUUGCAUAGUGUAAUCCUGAUUACUCAUACAAAACUAAUUCUCACUGCAACAGCCUGUGGUCUUCCUGAGUUCUUCCAUUAUGAAAUGUGAAUCUUUCUGUACAGCUAUGCUAUGGGUUGCAUGUUCCUCAGUUUUCGAUUUUCACAAAGCUACGAUAAGUCACAUGUCGUUGAAUUAUUAUUGCUUUGCUUCUUAUGCUCACAUUUUCUUCCCAUUGCACUGUUUUUCUUGCAGUAUUCAAGCACCUUGGUUUAUUUAACUACCUUGCUAGCUUCAUCUUGUGUACACACCCUGUCUAUAUAAGAGCCCACAUAUAGCUGUUUACUUCAGACCGUCGAAGUUAAGUGAAGUCAUGUAAUGUGCCAGGCGCCUCACUUGCUGGCAGAAAUUCAGACAUUGCCGAGACACUAAGUGUGCAAUGGAAUGUACACCCUCAAUUUCUUCACCCCUGACGCCAGUUCCUUCUGUUCUAAUGAUACUAGAGUAAUAUACUUUUCUACUCAAUUGACUCGUCCUAACCAUGUUGUGUUUCAUCAACCGCAAUUACAGGCCCGGCGACUCACCAGCAGCAGGAGAAGAAGAAGUCACAAGCUGGGAAGCAUCGCAACUGAGAUCUUCGAAUCGGACAGAUGGAGUGUGCACUGACGGCGUGUUUAUCUGGAGAACUAGCUACCCUGGCAUUGCUGCUUUUCAUGGUCAUGUAUGCAGUGAGAGCGAUCUUACUGAUCUCUGCAAUGGUUGUUAAGUUGCUACUCGAUCUGCUUUGCAUUAGAGCUGUGUGCGUUUUUGGUCUGUAUCGAACUGUCUGUGGCUGUGCUCUAUGGCCAGUGAUCAUUCUCCAGUAACUGAAAAUGGAAAGACAUUAUGUAGUUGGCAAACUUUAGGAGGAAGGGAAA